AUGAAUGACAAUAAAGAUGAGAAUAAUGUGAAUGACGAUAAAGAUGAAGACAAUAUGAAUGGCAAUAAAGAUGAGAAUAAUGUGAAUGACGAUAAAGAUGAAGACAAUAUGAAUGGCAAUAAAGAUGAGAAUAAUGUGAAUGACGAUAAAGAUGAAGACAAUGUGAAUGACGAUAAAGAUGAAGACAAUAUGAAUGGCAAUAAACAUGAGAAUAAUGUGAAUGACGAUAAAGAUGAAGACAAUAUGAAUGGCAAUAAACAUGAGAAUAAUGUGAAUGACGAUAAAGAUGAAGACAAUAUGAAUGGCAAUAAACAUGAGAAUAAUGUGAAUGACGAUAAAGAUGAAGACAAUAUGAAUGGCAAUAAACAUGAGAAUAAUGUGAAUGACGAUAAAGAUGAAGAGAAUAUGAAUGACAAUAAAGAUGAGAAUAAUGUGAAUGUCGAUAAAGAUGAAGACAAUAUGAAUGGCAAUAAAGAUGAGAAUAAUGUGAAUGACGAUAAAGAUGAAGACAAUAUGAAUGGCAAUAAAGAUGAGAAUAAUGUGAAUGACGAUAAAGAUGAAGACAAUAUGAAUGGCAAUAAAGAUGAGAAUAAUGUGAAUGACGAUAAAGAUGAAGACAAUAUGAAUGGCAAUAAAGAUGAGAAUAAUGUGAAUGACGAUAAAGAUGAAGACAAUAUGAAUGGCAAUAAAGAUGAGAAUAAUUCCCUCUGUGUUACUCCCUGUGUCCCUCUCUGUCCUUCUGUUUUACUCCCUAUGUCUCGCCAUGUCCUUCUGAUAUAUUCUCAAUGUCCCUCUCUGUCCUUCUGUUUUACUCGCUAUGUCCUUCCCUAUCUUUCUGCUUUAUUCUCCAUGCCCUCUCAGUCCUUCUAUUUUACUCUCUAUUCCCCUCCUUUUUUACUUCCUGUGUCCCCUCUCUGUCCUUCUGUUUUACUCUCUAUGUCCCUCUCUAAUCUUUUUUACUCCCUCUCUGUUUCUUCAGUCUUACUCUCUAUGUCCCUCAGUUUUAUUCCCUGUGUCCCUCUCUGUCUCUUCAGUUUUACUUCUAUGUCCCUUUCUGUCCUACAGUUUUUACCCCUGUGUCCCUCCCUGUCCUUCAGUUUUACUCUCUGUCCUUCCCUGUCCUUCUCCUUCCCUAUCUUUCUGUUUUUCCAUGCCCUCUCAGUCCUUCUAUUUUACUCCCUGUGUCCCUCUCUGUCCUUCUGUUUUGUUCUCUCUAUUCCCCUCUGUCCUUCAGUUUACUUCCUGUGUCCCCUCCUCUGUCCUUCUGUUUUCUCUAUGUCCCUCAGUUUUAUUCCUGUGUCCCUCUCUGUCUCUUCAGUUUUACCCUCUAUGUCCCUCUCUGUCCUACAGUUUUACUCCCUGUGUCCCUCCCUGUCCUUCAGUUUUACUCUCUAUGUCCUUCCCUGUCCUUCUGUUUUACUCGCUAUGUCCUUCCCUAUCUUUCUGUUUUAUUCUCCAUGCCCUCUCAGUCCUUCUAUUUUACCCCCUGUGUCCCUCUCUGUCCUUCUGUUUUACUCUAUUCCCUCUGUCCUUCAGUUUACUUCCUGUGUCCCCUCUGUCCUUCUGUUUUACUCUCUAUGUCCCUCAGUUUUAUUCCUGUGUCCCUCUCUUCUUCAGUUUUACUCUAUGUCCCUCUCUGUCCUCCCCCUGUGUCCCUCCCUGUCCUUCAGUUUUACUCUCUAUGUCCUUCCCUGUCCUUCUGUUUUACUCGCUAUGUCCUUCCCUAUCUUUCUGUUUUAUUCUCCAUGCCCUCUCAGUCCUUCUAUUUUACUCCCUGUGUCCCUCUCUGUCCUUCUGUUUUACUCUCUAUUCCCCUCUGUCCUUCAGUUUACUUCCAGUGUCCCUCUCUCUGUCCUUCUGUUUUACUCUCUAUGUCCCUUUUAUUCCCUGUGUCCCUCUCUGUCUUUUAGUUUUACUCUCUUUGUCCCUCUCUGUCCUCAGUUUUACUCCCUGUGUCCCUCCCUGUCCUUCUUUUUUACUCGCUAUGUCCUUCCCUAUCUUUCUGUUUUAUUCUCCAUGCCCUCUCAGUCCUUCUAUUUUACUCCCUGUGUCCCUCUCUGUCCUUCUGUUUUACUCUCUAUUCCCCUCUGUCCUUCAGUUUACUUCCUGUGUCCCCUCUCUGUCCUUCUGUUUUACUCUCUAUGUCCCUCAGUUUUAUUCCCUGUGUCCCUCUCUGUCUCUUCAGUUUUACUCUCUAUGUCCCUCUCUGUCCUACAGUUUUACUCCCUGUGUCCCUCCCUGUCCUUCAGUUUUACUCUCUAUGUCCUUCCCUGUCCUUCUGUUUUACUCGCUAUGUCCUUCCCUAUCUUUCUGUUUUAUUCUCCAUGCCCUGUCCUUCUAUUUUACUCCCUGUGUCCCUCUCUGUCCUUCUGUUUUAUUCCCCUCUGUCCUUCAUUUUACUCUAUGUCCCUCUCUGUCCUACAGUUUUACUCCCUGUUCCCUGUCCUUCUGUUUUACUCUAUGUCCCUCUCUGUCCUGCAUUUUACCCCCUGUGUCCCUCCCUCUCUUCAGUUUUACCUUCCCUCUCUGUCCUACAGUUUUACUCCCUGUGUCCCUCCCUGUCCUUCUGUUUUACUCUCUAUGUCCUUUCCUGUCAUUCUGUCUUAUUCUCAAUGUCCUUUUCAGUCCUUCUGUUUUACUCUCUAUGUGUCUCGAAGCCCUUCUGUUUUAUUCGCUGGAGUUUUCCCCUCUCUGUCCUUCUUUUUUACCCCUCUCUGUCCUUCUGUUUUGCUCACUAUGCCUCUCUCUACCCUUUCAGUUUUACUCUUCAUUUCCAUCUCUCUCUCUGUUUAG